UCAUGCAACCAAGCAAAUCACUACAAAAUACAAAUACAAAUCUCCACAUGGAAACUCGUCGUAAAAAGAGCACCUCCGGCGAUGGAUUUUCUUUCCCGAGCACACCAUUCCCCGAAAAUCACCACCGUCGCGGCUCUUCGUCGGACUUUGAAUUCGGUAGCAUUACCCCAGACUCACCAUUCAGCAAUGAUCCCUGCAAAAAUUCCCCGGCCGACCAUCUCUUCUUCAACGGUCGACUUCUUCCGCACGCUUUUCCAUUCCAGCCAACCAGUGGUGCUAUUUACGGGCUCGAAUCAGAGAAUUCUCGCGCGAUGUUAACGAGUCGAACAAGCAGUACUAGCAGCAAAGACUCGCUGAUGUCGUCCCGAAGCAACAGCACCAACAGCAGGAGCAGCAGCUGCAGCAGUAGCGCCAGGACGAGCUCUAGCGACAACUCAGAGAGAAGACUGUUGUACCGUCAGAGCAGCAAAACGACGUCGGUUAUGGGGAGAGAUCAAAGAUAUGGUGGUGGUACUAAUACUGGAAGUAAAGCGGUAUCGGCCCAAGUGUACGGGUCUUCUCAAAGGUGGCAAUUCAUGGCACCCGUUCCGGCUUUAAGCCGAGAGACAUCACUGCGGCGGAAGAAAGCAGCAGAGGUCUCAGGGAAUAACAGUAAAAACCAUGAUGAGGACCGGAGAUCCCUACCCAAGAAGAAAAAUCGGACCGCUGUCGUUAAGCGGCUGCGGUUCGGCAGGAGGGUUUUCCGGUGGUUUUUGGCUGCCUGCAAAGAGUGCCAUGCUAUUGAACCAUCCAAAAAGAAAAAUGUUAGAAAUGUCAAAUUAAAAUGAGUUUUCAUUUUUUGUUUUAACCUUUACUUUGGUCUCUCUCUCUCUCUUUUAAUUAAUGUCUGUUACUAAUUUACUUCAAUAAUAUUUUAUUUUUCGAAUGUGGGGUGAGUGGAAGAGGAAGGAUCUAUAAUGAGGCUGGCAUUUUUGGAUAUACGAUGUUUUCUUUUCACAACUUUCCUCGAUUAGUUUGGGCACAUUAAUUUUUCAUAUGAUAACUACUGUUUCUCACAUAGUGUUUUUGUUGUGCUUUUCCUUUUAGAUUUUGUUGU